UGUUUCAUUUCAAAACCUGGUCAUUCCAAAAUCAUCAAUAGUAUUCAUAAAUUCCAUAAGCACCACACCCAUUUCACCCCAAAACUCUCUCUUCUCUCUCUCUCUUAUUCAAGGAUAAAUUUUGUAUAGACAAAAGAGAGAGAGAGAGAUACAAUGGCCUUUUCAAAUGCGUCAUUUGGGGUGGUGGUGGUGGCACUUGUUGCGCUCAUGUACGCCCUUGUUUUGCCCGAUGUAGCUCGCGCUGCGCCUCUUUCCGCUCCGGCUCCGGCCCCCACCAGCGAUGGCACGGCGAUAGACCAAGGGAUUGCAUACAUUCUAAUGUUGUUGGCAUUGGUGCUCACUUACCUCAUUCAUUAAACAUUAAUUAAUUAUUAUUUGAUAUCUUUAAUAAUUCCUACAAUCAAAUUCAAAUGUAUAUGAAAGAAAUUAAGGAGAUUGUGUAUGUGGAAUUAAUCAUGGCAAGGAAUGUUUAAUUUUUAUUUAUUGUGUAGGGAUUUUGUUUUGGACAGUUUUGUUCUCAUGUAUUGAAUUUAUUUCUCCAUUUGUAAUAAUUUAUUCCCUCAACUUUACAAAUUCAUGUCUUUUCCUCAA